UCUCAGAUUCUUUCCUGUGUCAGAAGUUGAUCAAAUGAUCAGCGGUUCUUAAAUUUUUCCACCAGGAUCAGUUAAAAUGCUCCUAUGCCUGACAGAUACAGAAUUAGAACCACCUCUUCCUUCUUUAACUCUACUCUCCUUCUCCUGCUGAUCCAGGGCAGAUGUGUUAGGAUAGUCUAGGGAAUAUUCCAGAUCACAUUUAAAUAUUUUGCCUUACAGAUUGUUCAAGAUUGCGCAUGAUGGUAGUUUUCAUAAUGAGUUAGUAGGGUGAGAUGAAAAAUAUGACACUGUAUCCCCAAGUACUAUUACAGCUAUUAGUCGAUUAAUAACCCUCAGUCUAGUAUGGUUGUGAAGACUGAUGUCUAACAAUUGUUUCUGCUAAUUUCUUCAGGGAGAACAUCUUUGGCUGUACGGUAUUGCUGACUGACAUUUUUCUAGAUGGUCUUGAACAGCCUACUUCUAUGUAAAUAACUAGCUAGACUUCACAUUUUCCACUGCAGACACUUACAACCUAGAGUUGCCAGAGAUUUAGAAAUACUACUUUGAGGAUAUCACCUGCAUUUAACCUGAAAGCUCUUCCUGUCUUAUUCUAAAAUGUUGAGAUACUGGGGAGAGAUACCAAUCUCAUCAAGCCAGACUAACAGAAGCUCCUUUGACUUGCUCCCACGGGAGUUCCGUCUGGUGGAAGUCCAUGACCCACCCUUGCACCAACCCUCAGCCAGCAAGUCUAAGCCCCCCACUGUGUUGGACAUCCCCUCAGAGCCAGGCAGUCUCACUAUCCACACCAUCCAGCUGAUCCAACACAACCGACGUCUACGCAGCCUCAUCGCCACAGCUCAGGCCCAGAAUCAGCAGCAGACGGAAGGUGUAAAGACUGAAGAGAAUGAACCUCUCCCCUCUUGUCCUGGGUCCCCUCCUCUUCCUGAUGAUCUCCUGCCUUUUGAUUGCAAGAAUCCCAAUGCACCAUUCCAAAUUCGGCACAGUGACCCAGAGAGUGACUUUUAUCGUGGCAAAGGGGAACCUGUGACUGAACUCAGCUGGCACUCCUGCCGGCAGCUCCUCUACCAGGCAGUGGCCACCGUCCUGGCCCACGCAGGCUUUGAGUGUGCUAAUGAAAGCGUCCUGGAGACCCUAACUGACGUGACGCACGAGUACUGCCUGAAGUUCACCAAAUUGCUGCGCUUCGCUGUGGAUCGGGAGGCCCGGCUGGGGCAGACACCUUUCCCUGACAUCAUGGAGCAGGUAUUCCAUGAAGUGGGCAUUGGCAGUGUGCUCUCCCUGCAGAAAUUCUGGCAGCACCGUGUCAAGGACUACCACAGCUACAUGCUACAGAUCAGCAAGCAACUCUCAGAAGAGUAUGAAAGGAUUGUCAAUCCCGAGAAGGCCACCGAGGACACUAAGCCCGUAAAGAUCAAGGAGGAGCCUGUGAGCGACAUCACCUUCCCUGUCAGUGAGGACCUGGAGGCCGACCUUGCUGCCGGAGAACAGGCACUACCCAUGGGCGUGCUGGGGGCGCAGGGCGAGCGCUUUCCCGCUAAUCUGGAGGUCGAAGCCUCCCCACAGGCUUCGAGUACAGAGGUAAAUGCUUCUCCUCUUUGGAAUUUGGCCCAUGUGAAAAUGGAGCCUCAAGAGAGUGAAGAGGGCACUGUCUCUGGGCACGGCGUGCUAGGCAGCGACGUCUUCGAGGAGCCCAUGUCAGGCAUGAGCGAAGCAGGCAUCCCCCAGAGCCCCGACGACUCGGACAGCAGCUACGGCUCCCACUCCACCGACAGCCUCAUCGGCUCCUCCCCUGUGUUCAACCAACGCUGCAAGAAGAGGAUGAGGAAAAUGUGAAAGGAAAAGGGGACUUGCUCUGCACUAGAAACCCGACAGAAAGCCUUGGUGUAUCUGAAUUUGUUCCCACAGUAACUUGGCUCUUACUCUUAAAUGGUGGCUUGUCCAGAUCUCAAUGGAACUGGACUGGUCAAACAAGUCUGUGUUUUCCUUUUUACAUCUGGUUUUUUGUAAGUUUCCCCAAUGCAUCAGACAGGCCGUGACGCUGGGACAGUCAUCAGACCAGGCGCUGUCACUGACUAUUUUACUGUGAGACAAGAGAUGUUACUUAGCCAAUUUCUCUUGCACAGUUGAGAAGAAUCACCCUUUGACCUCUUUCGCAGGGAUGUGGUGAAGAUCAAGACAUUGGACCUCAAAGCUGUGCCUGAACAGAUAAUCAAGUAAAUAUUUGCUGAUAGCAAAUGUCAGUCUUUUCAUUUGACUUCCUUCAAGUCACUGGGAAUCCAGCUCUAAUACCCAAUAGGAAGUAGUUAAGCACUGCGCAGCUGCUCUCUUGCAGGCCUUAAUCUUAAAUGUUUCUGCAGCUAUGAAAUCUAGAGGUCAGUGGUGACACAGCCUUUCUGCAUAUCCAGCAGCCCUCUCCUAGUUCACCCGCAUAUUUUCUUCUUCCUUCUCUACAUUUAGUGUCUCCUCGUCCUGUCUUAGUCCCACUCAAGUAUUUUUGUAUUUUUAGUUGUUUUCAUCUUCUCUUUUAUGAACGAAGCAAACGGCACCCACCCCUUGUUUACUACUCAGUGGUAUCUGCGUGGCCCUCAGGGGAGGGCCGCCCUUCCUGUCCGCAUUGGACACUGUCUCCACCUGGUGGGCAGCCUCAAAAAGUAGAGCACGUACCUCCGACUUAAUACCACGUCCUGAACAGUGUCCGGCCCACUCAGUGUCGGGGCCCCUCAGUCGGUGGACAGAGUAGAUGACGCAGCACAGGAGUAAUUAGGAGACGCCAGCUAAUGCGCUGUGUGCCUCAGCAAUGGUGCAUGGGGCCGCGCUGCGUACGUUUGGUUUGGUUUGGGGUGUAGAAAACAAGUCUUGUGGAAUUUAGUGCACUCCUUUAACAGAGACCAGAAAUCUAGGCACAGCUUUAAGUAGUACAUUAUCCAGUGCCUUAAAUUGAGAAUAAAGAUCAAUGCGAAAGCAGCAAAAUAAGGUAACAAACUAUCAGGUCACUUACAAAUUUGCUUGUUUGCACCCUUCUUCCAGGCUUUGCUUCACUUUCCCUUAUUGACUUAGCAUGAGUAGACACCAGGCAGCUAUUUCCCAUAAAGCAACCACUCAGUAUUUCAUUCCUCCUGUCAGCUCUUACUGAGGCAACUCCUGUGUGUGAGGUCCCGUGCAAGGAAAGAGAUGAAGACUUUGUCCCUGAUUUUAUGGAGCAUAGGCCACACCAGUUUAAGUUUCUUUUUAAAAAGUAUUUAAAGGCACAAAGGGAAGAACUAUGUUCAGAGUUUCACUUUGCAAAUGGUUUCCUCUUAAAGAACAAGUUCAAAUUCUUGUACUAGUGUUCCCACAAGGUACGAAAUAUUGAAAUGAAUACUUCAUGGUAAAAUAAAUGCUUUAAAAUGUUUACCCUGGAGGGCCC